AUGUUUGCGGCAGAGAUCGAAAAAGUGUCGACGCCUGUGUUGGUUGAUAACGAAGGAUCGCGGCCUGAGAAGAGGCAAUCGAGCGGUGGUGGCCCCUCGAUGGCAGCAACAGGGCUUUGCUUAAGCCCUGGCAAUCCUACUAGAUCUGAUGUAAGCGACACUGGCUUUCCCAUAGUUUCUUCUCCAAAUCUAUAUCGACCUGUGGCAAGAAUUGGAGCGAUCCAAGUGCCUCCUCAACAGUUUGAGCCAUCCUCGAAGAAAGACUAUCCUCCAACAAUGCUCACCCUCUCCCUCCCAAGAAUUGAGACCUAUGAGAACAAGUACAAAUCUCCACAUCUCGACUAUGCUCCUCACCACAACAAGGUGGUGUCUCUAGAUAAUCAAUCGGCUUUGACCUUCACUGUACCGAAGAAUCCUGAGCCGAUGACCUUUGGUACAUGA